AUGCCUCAAAAACUUGCUGAAAAGAAACCAGUUGCUAGCAAAAGUUUCUCAGGAAAAGCGCCUAUGGACAAAAAAGAGCAUGGGAAAGGAACUCUUGAUAAAAAAAAGCGUUCAAAAAAUCGAAAGGAGACUUAUUCAUCUUAUAUUUAUAAGGUUUUGAAACAAGUUCAUCCUGACACUGGUAUAUCAAAUAGAGCAAUGUCAAUUCUUAAUAGUUUUGUGAAUGAUAUUUUUGAGCGUAUUGCUAGUGAAGCUUCAAAACUUGCUUCGUACAACAAGAAGUCAACUAUUUCUUCACGUGAAAUUCAAACUUCUGUUCGUCUGAUACUUCCUGGUGAACUUGCAAAACAUGCUGUGUCUGAAGGAACGAAGGCUGUAACAAAAUAUUCGUCAUCAAGUAAAUGA